CCAGUGCAGUGUUCGCUGAUCUAUUGCUGCACAGCACCUGCGGUGUAUUUGCCUCGCGUUAUUGGAUUUCAUUGGGUAGUACCGUAGAAGACAACAAGCUGACUGAUUGGGCAAAGGAGGCUAUCCAGCAACGCAAAGCACUCUCACAGUCAAAUCCAGCGGGUGCCGACUAUAAAAGAAACCCCUUGCUGGGGAAUCAGCGCUCGAGAUCAGUUUCAGGAGUUCUGAUGUGCUCCAGGCCCUGUCGAUGCCCGUCUGAAUAAUACUUUCCCAGGUCACGCGAAAGACGUGUACGUGAGGAUACUAGCAGACAUCGUCGCAGUACGGGUCUUUUCUGGCAAGACACGGCGCUAGGGUUGCAGGCUGUUCCUGAAGCGCUUGAUACUGUUGUUGCUAACAGCGCGUGUACCUGCAUCUUGGAGCGGGGAAGAGCAGACAGUACACCACACUCGACAUUUCGGCUGAAAACAGACCCGUAUUUGCAGCGUCACUUCACGGUCUGAACCCCAGAGCUUCACGAAUCACAGGCGACAGGAUAUUCCAGGCAUUGUUGAAGCAACGAUGAUGUUCGCGAGUGGCCUGUCAACCUGGGCUUCCUUUGCCAUUGUGGUGUGUGUUAUCCAUCACCCGUGGGUUCAUGCACAGCCGCUGUUUGGUGGCUCCGAGAUCAUUUUUGGCGACGUCUUGCAAGGAUCGGGGACAGAUCCUCCGUCCGCACAGCCCCACCACACGCAGUCCUGGGAAGAGGACGUGGACACGCGACGCUCUCCGUCCGAUCUUGAUCCACAUACCGUAAAACCGGUGGCGAUGACCGGCCCUGACGUGGAAGCGGUGGACACUCGACAGCCGUCACCGCGCGACUCGACCGACGAAAGCAUGGUCACGGAAGCGGCGGACACGAGGCUGCCACCACGACGACGGCCCAGCGAUGUCACGCGAGCACCUUCCCAGGAGGAAGCGGUGGACACCGUUGGGCAUCCUGCACCGGGAGACGCAGGUCUGCCCACAGAAGAAACACCCUUGAUCAUUGCGGGGCUGCCAAAAGCAGAGGAUUGUGAAACGGUUACGUGCAACCUCAGCGUCGUGCAGGGCUGCAGCGACAGACCAGUGCUCUAUGCUAAGCAAUGCUGCCCGGUGUGCCUUGAUGCGCAAGAGACGAGCAAGUGCUCGCCAGGCCUCUGCCGUCCCAUGGAGCACUGCUCCGUCCACCAGGGGCAGCCCGUGUGCUGCACCAGGCUGGGUACGGACCACCGGCAGCACGAGCAGCGCCGCCAUCACAUUCACCAUCGCCAUCACAUCGGAAGUCAGACCGAACACAUCCAUGACCUAGUGCAUCUGCUGAAACGCUAUCGACUACCUGGGAACUGUGCUCUGUCAUAUCUACCGGAAAUACGGCGGAGGACAGGCUUGUGUGGGGAAUGCAGAGCACAAGAAGUGUGCGAGAAGCGCACAGCACGGCUCCUGGCUGGAAACGGUAACACUAUUACGGUUGAGAGAACGUACUGCUGUCAACGACGCUGCCCGGCUAUUCGCCAGCCGCUUCUUCUUGGUCAAUGUCAUCUGCCGGGGCAGCCUGUACCCGCCAAGACUCACUGCUCCUGUACGCUAUACGGGCAUAUCCGUGAAGCUCUGGACGCUCGCAGACAAGGCUAUCGGCAUGGUGAUAAGACGUAUACGACGCUGCGCUAUGUGCUUGCCAGCAGAGACCAUAGUGGUGGUGAUAGUGACACCCAUCGUCACGGCAACUCCCGGCGUCAGCUUUUGCGACUGGAGCUGUGCUUCUGCCGGCGAAAUCACCAGCACAGUCAGCACGUAGACGACCAGUUGACCCCGGUUGGCACUUCGGAUCGGAGCGGCGCAGAACUGCACAGCGGAUCGUGUCGAUAUGUUCGCACGGCUUUCAACGGGCGGGGCUGAUGCUCUGUGCCAUCGUGAAAGAUAUGUGACGAAAGAAGUGAUCGGCUGUACAGUAGCCACAUACAGUAACCUUGGUUACCUGGGUAUCUUUCAGGAGAGUCUCUCUUUCUCACCACACUCGUAUCCACACGCACACACAUACACACACAUGCACACACAUACACACACACAGACACACACACACAGACACACACACAAACACACACACACAUUAUGACACACACAGACACACACUCACCUGCAUGAACAAAAUAAUUAUAUUGGGUGGGACAAAGCCACACUGCCCCCCUCCCUCUCCAUAUUUUCAGUUUGUCUCCCCACAUUUCCAGCAAGACCUUGACAAAUUGUGCAAAGAAAUGUUGUGACAUUGCACUGUGAGUCAGUGAUAGCCAAAGUGGCAUAAAAUCAUUUUUUUGUUACUAUAAUAUAACUGUGUGAAGCGUGUGCUGAAUUUUUAAUAAAAUAACUUUAAAGAUUUUUUCAAACAUUAGUGAGCCGGUCUCUGUUGGAUUCAGUACAAAGAUGCUUCGCCUUGCCUCCAACUUGA